AGCCUCCACAUGGCGUAUGUCAGGGAACAUGCUACUGAUAAUGGUUUAAAAGAUGAUGAGCCUUAGGCGCAAUUUGCAUUUUCAGGAACAUAUAGCGAUGGAGGGCAGGACGGUGUGUGACGACUGGAGACGCUUUCCACAUGUACGUUGAAUUUGGGGACAACGAAGAGGAAGAGCAGUCAAGCUGUUCUACAGGAACCGCCAUGGUGGCGCUGGAGGUGGUCUGCAGCCUGAUUGGCUGGUUCUGUCUCUACCUGCUGUUCUGCUGUACCUUCACUCACCGGGGGCCCGAGUGGAACUGUCGCCUGGUCACGUUGUCCCACGGGGUCCUCAUAGUGCUGUUGACAGCGUACGUCAUCUUCAUAGACGGCCCCUGGCCCCUCACGCAUGCAGGGUCAGAGAACACGGACCUCCAGAUCCUGGCUCUGGCCAUCUGCCUGGGCUACUUCUGCUUUGACAUCAGCUGGUGCGUCUGCUACCGCACAGAGGGCCCCGUGAUGCUGGCCCACCACGCUGCCAGCAUCCUGGGCAUCCUGCUGGCGCUGCUCCUGGGGGAGUCGGGCUGCGAGACCUGCGCAGUCGUCUUCGGCAGCGAGGUCACCAAUCCCCUGCUGCAGGCCCGCUGGUUCCUCCGCCGGCUGGAGCUGUACGACAGCCUGCUGGGCGACGCCGUGGACCUGCUCUUCAUCCUGCUGUUCGCCUGCGUGCGGGUGGGAGUCGGCACGCUGAUGUUUUACCGCGAGCUCACGUCCCCCAGGACGUCGGUGAUCAUGAAGCUGGGCGGCGUGGUCAUGUAUGGACUAGCCUGGCUGUUCAUGGUGGAUAUUGCCAGGUUUGGCUACAAGAAAAGCAUGGCCAAGUAUAAAAGGUGGAUAGAGAAUAACAAGGGUCAAAAACUGGAUGUACAUUCAAUGGUUUGUGGAACAACUGGCACUGAUUGAAUUCUGGUGUACUGUGUUCAUGUGUGCUUCUACAGCUUUAAAAGGUGCUAUGCUACAUAUUAUCAACCACAUCUUGGUUUGCUUUAAAGCUCCAAACAGGCGUGUUGUUUAAAUGCAGUGGCUGGAGACAUAACAAAUUAUAAUACAGUAAAACCACUAAAUCCACACAGAAGCAUUGUUAGUUAUUAACAACAGCCCAGGGACGGCUCUAAGGUGGAACCCAAAGACAACUUCGUAGGACUAAAUAUUAUCUUUUAUCUUUUUGUCAUCUGUCAAACUUCCAGGGCGAAGCGUCAGGCUGGGGUUCUUUCCUAUUGGAGUCACAUUUUCUUAUGAAUGCCUUGCUGUUUUAGGAAAUUACUGAGCCUGAACCACACCGAAAUUCACCUUCAAUGAAGUUUAGUCAGAAUUGAUCUCCACUUUUUCUACACUGCAUGAGCUUCCCAAGCUCUGGUAAACUCUGGGAAACUAAUUUUAAAUCCUGCUGCAUUCACUUUUAUAGAAGCACCACUAAAAGGUUUAUUUAAGUUGAAUAUUCAUUUCAGAAUGACUGCUCAUGAAUGUGUCCUCAAAGUCAGGUCUCCACCCAAGACCAACUGAAUCUACCUUUAACAACAUAAUAACUUUUGGCCUCUUCUUGAAAACCAGGCUUUUCGUUUUCCCUAAAUUAAUA